GAAAGCUUAAGAUCAAAGGUCCAAUUCAGCGUAGACAAUGGAGGGAUCAGCCGCCAGUAAGAUGACGAUGAUUCAAGGAGAAGUGGUCGUGAUGAAGAAGAACGUGCUCGAUUUCAAAGACGUCAUGGCCUCUGUUCUUGACCGUGUCCACGAGCUCCUCGGUCGUCGUGUCACUCUCCAACUUGUCAGUUCUGUUCAGCCCGACCCAGGAAAUGAGAGGAGAGGGAGACUUGGAAAAGCAGCUCACUUGGCAAACUGGGUCAAGAUAAAGUCGGCGGUGACAGCUGAAGAAACUGCGUUUGCGGUUGCAUUUGAGUGGGACGAGUCAAUGGGAACGCCGAGUGCGUUCGUGAUCAAGAACCAUCACCGUAGCCAGUUCUUUCUUAAGUCUCUCACUCUCCGUGACGUUCCCGGUGCCUCCGGAUCCAUCCACUUUGUCUGCAACUCUUGGAUCUAUCCUUCUCACCGUUAUGGUUACGAUCGUGUCUUUUUCUCCAACCAGGCGUAUCUACCAAAUGAAAUGCCGGAAUUGCUCAAGGAAAUAAGGGAAGAAGAGUUGAUGAAUUUGAGAGGGAAUGGGAAAGGAGAGAGGAAGGAGUGGGAUAGAGUCUAUGACUACGAUGUUUUCAAUGAUUUGGGAUCUCCGGACAAAGUCCAGCAAUCAUUUCUCGACCAAACUCUUCGUGAUAGUUUUGGUAUUCUUUUAGAGAGUCGAUCGGCUUGGAGGGCUGAUGAAGAGUUUGGUCGAGAAAUGAUUGCUGGACUCAAUCCACUUGUCAUCAGACGUCUCCAGGAAUUUCCUCCGUUGAGCAAGCUGGAUCCGGAUGUAUAUGGAAAUCAACAUAGUUCUAUCCGAGAAGAUGAUGUUGAGCCCAACAUGAAUGGUCUCACCAUCGACGAGGCUUUGAAGCAGAACAAGCUUUACGUUUUGGAUUACCAUGACUCAUUGAUGCCUUACUUGAGAAGGAUGAACUCAACUGGCGCAAAGUUGUAUGCUACUCGAACCGUUCUCCUCCUUAAAGAUGAUGGUAUUCUGAUGCCUUUGGCCAUUGAGUUGAGCCUUCCUCACCCACAAGGUGAAAAAUAUGGUGCUGUUAGCAAAAUCUUUACACCGGCUGCGAAAGGUGUUGAGGCCUCGAUUUGGCAGCUUGCUAAGGCUUACGUUGCGAUCAACGAUUCUGGUUUUCAUCAACUUAUCAGCCAUUGGUUGCACACCCAUGCUACUAUGGAACCGUUCAUUAUCUCAGCAAAUAGGCAACUGAGUGUGAUUCAUCCGAUUUAUAAGCUUUUGCAUCCUCAUUUUCGUGACACAAUGCAAAUAAAUGCUUUGGCUCGUCAUAUCCUUAUAAAUGCGGAUGGUGUGCUCGAAAGGACUGUGUUCCCGGGAAAGUACUCCAUGGAGUGGUCUUCUUCACUUUACCGGAAUUGGGUUUUCACCGAUCAGGCUUUGCCUGCUGAUCUUCUAAAAAGAGGAGUGGCCGUUCUGGAUCCAAGCUGCGAUGGCGGUGUUCGACUUUUGAUCGAGGAUUACCCUUAUGCUGUUGAUGGGUUAGAGAUCUGGUCUGCCAUUGAGACGUGGGUGACUGAGUACUGCUCGUACUAUUACAAAACGGACAAAACUAUCCAGACUGACAUUGAGCUUCAAUCAUGGUGGUCUGAACUUCGAAAUGUGGGCCAUGGUGACAAGAAACAUGAGCCUUGGUGGCCGAAAAUGCAAUCUCGGUCCGAACUCAUCCAAACAUGCUCAAUCAUCAUCUGGAUUGCUUCUGCUCUUCAUGCUACCGUUAAUUUCGGUCAGUAUCCUUAUGCUGGUUUUCUCCCUAAUCGGCCAACGGUUAGUCGUCGGUUCAUGCCUGAAUCUGGUACAAAAGAGUAUGAAGAAUUAAAGAAAGACCCUGAUGUCGCAUACUUGAAGACGAUCACUCCACAGUUGCAGACACUACUUGGGAUCUCUAUCAUUGAAGUUUUGUCUAUGCAUUCAACGGAUGAGCUUUAUUUGGGACAGAGGGAAUCUCCGAAUUGGACUGCUGAUGAUGAGGUUUUGGCUAUGUCUAGAAGAUUCACCGAGAGGCUUGAGCAGAUCGAGAACAACAUCGUUAGGAGGAACAACAUCAAGAGCUUGAAGAAUCGGCUUGGUCCGGUUAAGAUGCCGUACACUUUGUUAUACCCAAACACAUCGGAUUACACAAGGGAAGGUGGUAUGACAGGAAAGGGAAUACCGAACAGUAUUUCGGUUUAG